AAAUGGCUAGCGGCUUUGACAACAUCAGAAUUUCUAUGGAACUCCAUUACUGCAGCAGUGGCACCGGAACUUUUUGAAUCAGGUUUCUCUGCAUUUUCCAAGGUUGUCAAGGAAGUUCGGCGGCGAAAAAAUAAUUCAGCUCUGGUGGAUUCUUGGCCCUCUAUCUUUUCAGGGUUGGAAAUUAUUGCCAACCGAACAACCUUCAGCCACAGAGAUCCUGGUGGAUCUCCUUCACUUUUUGAUCUUCUGGUCAGUUUAGGUCGAAACCAUCAUGCAACUCUUUCUUUGGCCGACAUCCAUGCAGAGCUAGACUAUUCGCCUGGUGCAAUGGUCUAUAUUGCUGGUAGGGUACUGGAGCACUCUGUGGGUCCUUGGAUUAAUGGAGAAAGAAUUGUGGUUGCCCAUUUCAUGAAGGAUGCUGUGCAUGAUAGAGUAAAAGUGCCAAGGCCAAGUUUUCCUAUGCAGAGGAACUUUUUAGAGUUGAUAGGGAGGAAACCCAAACACACGGGUCAGAGAGCCAAUAAAUUACAAAUAUAG